AUGUCUAAGAGAGGAGUCGGUAGAAAUCCUGGCACAACCAGAUUCUCCACUUCGAAUCGUCCCAUUGUCUCCAAGCGUGCUACCUCAAAGAACACCACACCGACGGAAGAUCUCACUGUUAUCAUCAAAAAUCAAGAAGCCAACAUCAAUGACCUCAAUUCUCGUCUUGACAAGAUGGAGCAGAAAAUUAAGAAUAUCGAAGGGAUCUUGACGAGGGUAGAUGCUAUUGAGCAUGCCGUCAAAGGCGUUGGAAGCGAUGAAAACGAGUCAAGACAACCGGCAGAUGAUAAUUUACAUGCUGAUACGUCUCUAAAGUCUACGAGCACUCUCAAGAAGCAAGAGAAUAUGUAUCGUGCACUUGGCAUCAAGCCUCCUGCAAGUAGCUCCUAA